AUGACUGAGAAAACUCUGCAAGAAUGGUUGGACGAAAAUUAUUUGAAUAAUGAGAAAGAUGUAAAAAUAUUAAUGGGUUAUUUUAGUCAUAUUACUCCUGAUUGUCAUUAUGAUUCUCUUUCCAAAGAGGACAAAGAAAGUUAUGGCUCGCCAUCUUUAUGGACUUGUCCUCCAUCUAUUACAAAAGGGGGCGAAUUAGAUUUAAGAGAAUACGUUUGUUUAAAAAGAAUAUGGAUUGACAAAAUGUGUUUAAGUACUCCUUUUACUAAACUAGUUCUAGGAUGUCUUCUUCAACUUACUCAUUUGGAACUCAGAGAAAGUAAUUUAGAUUGUUUGGAUGUUUCUGAAUGUCCCAACUUGAUUGAAUUGAUUUUCUGUAAAAAUAAAUCAGCACUUAAAAUAAAGGUUAAUAAGUUUGCUCCUAUUAAAAAAUUGCUUUUGAAUUAUACUACGUUAAAAGAUUUGGAAUUUUUAGAGAAUAUAAAUAAGAAAAAUGUGACUUGCUCAUCUUUUAGUUAUAGUAAAUUUUCUCAGCAAGAUUUAAGUUGCCUUGCCGAAUUUGUUAACUUGGAAAUUUUAUUCCUUUACCAAAGCACGUUUUAUGGUGAUUUAAAACCUUUAGCAUUCAUGAAUAGAUUGGAAUUUUUAUCGAUUAGUUUUACUGAUAUUGAUGGUGGAUUGGAAUAUCUACCAGAUGGUAUUAACAGACUGUGCUGUGAUGGGGAUACUAAAUCCAAAGUGAAAAACAUUGAGGAAUCAUUGAAAAAAUAA